UGCAAAAGGAUUUGCAUAAAGCAUUAAUGGUCAAUAAAAUAAGAUACAAGUGUUGAGGUAAAAUCGCUUAUAUAAUGAAAGAACGACUUCCACUUAGGAGGACUGACCACGAAGCGAUCCUCGCUUCCGGUCAGCCUACCUGCACAGGCUGCCGGCGAUCGUGCAGGCGCCAGGAGAGCGAAGCGGUUGAGAAAAAGGAGACUCUGAAGCGACGCAUGCCCGAAUCGGAUGAGAUCGGUGCGGUGUACCGGAAGCUGCGGCUUUGUCUGGGCCUUUUCGAGCACGCGAGUAAAAACGAUGAGGCGGAAGAGGACGACGAAGAGAAGAGGCAUCGGUUACGGUGGUGUCGCAGGGGCUUCCGACGAAUCGUGGAAGUGGCGACAAGAGCUCUGCUCCUUGGCAUCGCGCUUCUCGUCACGCCAGGACUCUGUCAGCAAGACGCGGUGCACAUCACGGCUAUCCUCGGAGAGAGCGUUGUCUUCAACUGUCACGUAGAGUUCCCCGGUGAGCACCCAGUGCCCUACGUUCUCCAAUGGGAGAAGAAGGUAGGCGACACGGAGACGCCGAUAUACAUAUGGUACGAGUCGUAUCCGACCCACAGUGGCGAGGGAUACGAAGGUCGUGUCUCGAGGGUGAGCGAGAAUUCGCCGUACGGCCAGGCUAGCCUCAAUCUGACGAACAUCCGCGAGAGCGAUCAAGGAUGGUACAAGUGCAAGGUCGUCUUCCUCAACAGGUCGCCCAACAGUCACAAGAACGGUACCUGGUUUCAUCUAGACGUCCACGCGCCACCCAGAUUCAGCAUAACGCCGGAUGAUAUGAUAUACGUGAAUCUGGGCGAUGCGAUAAUACUCAACUGCCAGGCUGAGGGCACCCCGACGCCAGAGAUCCUCUGGUACAAGGACGCGAAUCCGGUCGAGCCCAACGGCCGAGACGUCGGGAUAUUCAACGACGGCACCGAGCUCAGGCUGUCGACGAUCAAGACCGAGGACAUCGGCGAUUACACCUGCAUCGCCAGGAACGGGGAGGGCCAGAUCAGCCAUACCGCGCGCGUCAUCAUCGCUGGUGGAGCCGUUAUUAUGGUGCCGCCGACGAAUCAAACGAAGCUGGAAGGCGAGAAGGUGCAAUUCUCCUGCGAAGCGAAGGCGCUUCCGGGUAACGUGACGGUGCGCUGGUUUCGCGAAGGCGCUCCCGUCACGGAGGUCUCGGCCCUGGAUACCAGAGUGUCCAUCAAGAUGGACGGCAGCCUGGUCAUCAAUCCCAUCAGCGCCGAUGACUCCGGUCAAUACCUGUGCGAGGUCACUAAUGGCAUCGGCGAUCCUCAAACUGCUAGCGCCUAUCUGAACGUCGAGUACCCGGCGAAGGUCACGUUCACCCCCACUGUCCAGUACCUGCCGUUCCGUCAGGCCGGUGUGGUCCAGUGUUACAUAAAAGUCAACCCGCCCCUGCAAUACGUGACCUGGACCAAGGAUAAACGCCUACUCGAGCCUUAUCAGACGAAGGACAUCGUUAUCAUGAACAACGGCUCCCUGCUCUUUACACGGGUCAAUGAGAAUCACCAAGGCAGAUAUACCUGCACGCCUUAUAAUGCCCAUGGCACGCAGGGCAGCUCGGGUCCGAUGGAGGUCCUUGUGCGGAACCCGCCUUCCUUCUCCAUCGAGCCGGAACCAGUUUACACGAAGAAGGUCGGCGAGACGGUCGAGAUGCACUGCGAUGCUCAGGAAGCCGAAGGAACGCAAAAACCAUCGAUACAAUGGCACCGGAGGGACGGCGGACCCAUCGAACGCAUCCGCGCGAAGGUCGUCGGGGGCAAUCUAACCAUAGAGAGCCUUCGGCGCGCGGAUUUCGGGUUUUAUCAGUGCGUCGCCACCAACGAAGUCGCCACCAUUUCAUCCUCGACGCAGUUGAUCGUCGAGGGCACGCAACCCCAUGCACCUUACAACGUGUCGGGCACUGCCACGCAAUUCGCGGUAACGCUAAUUUGGUUACCAGGCUAUUCCGGUGGUCCCGAUUACAAGCAAGAUUACACUAUCUGGUAUAGGGAAUCGGGAACUUCGGAAUGGAAGACAAUCCCCGUAACUCCAUCGGGCAGCACAACGGUGACGAUCAACAAUCUUACGCCUAGCACGCUCUACGAAUUUCAAGUGAUCGGCAAGAACGCCCUAGGCGAGGGAAUGCUGAGCAAAGUCAUCACAGUCAGGACGCUCGGCGUUGCCCUGACCCAGUCGGCGACUCCUUCCGGCCCUGAUCGACCCUCCUCUCCGGAUCAAAGUGACAUCCUUGAUUACAAUACUCUCGUAUUACCGACUGAUUCCACAGGAAACCCCAUGUUUCCGCCAAUCGUACGACCGAAAGGACCAAAGCCAGGUACUCCCCGGAACCUCACGGUGACGGAAAUCAGCAACGGUUUCCUGAUAACCUGGCAACCUCCUGUGGAAAAAGCCCAUCUUAUCCAAUACUAUACUAUCAAGUACAAGACGGACGGACCUUGGAAAACGCUCAACAAGGGCCAAAUACGACCCGAGGAGACCAGUUAUUUAGUGAAGAACCUGGUCGGUGGUAGGACCUACUAUUUCCAAGUGUUCGCCAACUCGGCCACGAAUUACGGCGCGAGCGACCAGGUGAAGUUUCCCGUGCCGGCUCGUGUUAAGCACAAAGCGAUCACCGCGGGCGUCGUAGGCGGCAUCCUCUUCUUCCUUGUCGCCAUCAUCCUCAGCAUAUGCGCGGUGAAGAUAUGCAAUAAACGGAAGAGACGAAAACAGGAGAAAGAACUGCUUUCAGCGUAUAAUAUGGUGGCCUGCCGGGUCACCGACGCCAGGAACGGCGCAGGGCAAGGGCCCCAGGGAACAGUGCCUUUGAAAAAACCUAGAAAAAGCCGAGUACCAGGUUUAAGCCUCCUGAAGGAGAUCCUGAGCCCGGACACCCCGGACUCGUGCCGCUGUCGUCCGCUGGGCAAGAUCUCCCGAGCGGCUGACGGCCGCUUCGUCGUGGCGGACUCGGUUCUCAGCUCGGCCAACAACAGCAUCCUGGACGUCUCCAGCAGCGACGACGGUGGUUUCCUACCGAAGCAGCGGCUCAAAUCCUCGUGGCGACGCCCACUGGUUGGUACUAGCCAGCUCAGCCUAAGAUCCGACGGCAGCGGCGUGUCCAUAGGUCCCCUGCCAUCGAGCCAUCAUCACCACGGCAUCGUGAACCCUUUGGCGAGGAUACAGCCCGUGAACGUCUGCACGAUUACGUCGCCCAGAUUCCUGGCUAGUUCGCCGAGCGGGGCUCAGGUCCCCUGGACACCUUUGUACUUCAGCGAUCUCAGCUCCGUCAAGCAACCAUCCUCCGGCGAACGUUCCUUCCCGACGCCACCCGGCUACCUCCAACUUCGCAGCGUCCACCAGCGAUACAGCCAGGAGUUACCGUCUCUCAAGGCGAUCCAUGCCGAGUCGAGACGAUUCGUGCCGGUUCAGCCAUUGGCGACGUCUUCGCCACCGCAACCGGCCGGACGACCGAGGGCGAGAUUGCCGCCGAGACACGCCAGGCACGCCAGAUCGGCACCGGAGCUCGCUGCCUCGCCUGACCUGGAGACAUCGCCUGAGAGCAGAUCGAGCAGUUCGGGUUUCGGCAGCAAGAAUACCUCGCAGCAAAACCAGAGUUCGAGAAGCGGUAGCACAGUCGCUGAAUGGAGGCCGCCGCCUUACAAACCGCCCCCGCCGCCAUUGGUAGUGGGCCGCUGGCUUGAGCUUCAGGAUCCGGUCAAGGUGGGGCACACGCAUAUACAGAACGCCGUGGACGCCGGCAGCGUCGACGGCCACUACGAGUUCGAUCCGGUGUCGUGCACGCCGACACCCACGUCGGCCUCGACGCCUACGCGGGAGGAGAGACCACCGAUGCAUCAGAUCCACGCAAUCCACGUUCCCCACAUCCAUCAAGUGCACACGGUACAUCAGCAAGCGCCGAGGUACAGCAGAGAGAACAUAGAGGCCCGAGUACAAGCGAUGAAAGCGGAAUUCCAUCAGUUUCGACAGAGACAGGCGAGAAGACGGCAGAGCGAGCAUCUGGAGAGCGCAUGUUGAAAAUGGAACAAGUUGAACAUCUCACCGAUCGAUUCAAUUUCAUUAGGGCCGCCGCACCGCGAGUCUAACGAUCGAGUUGAAAUCGAUUGGGAUGGUUGCAGAGUUAGAUACAUAAUGUGCGAGACAAAAGUAAUUAUUAAAGGAGGAGCUAGGAGAAGGAAGCUAGACGUCGCUCGCGAUUAGAUUUUGGUACUGGCUUUUGACUACCAUAGAAGAUCGCGCGUUUUUCAACACGGCGACGAUAACGUGAUCAUCACCGAAGACCAACCACCGCAGCACAACGAGGAUCAUCAUCACACGUGAUUCCGCAUUUAGAGGAGUUUAAGUCAAUUCUAGUAGCUGGACAUCCAUCUACAAAAGAAGGCUGUUAUAAGCAUCAGCUCAGGAUACAUAAGUUUCGCACGACCACGAGACAGGAGCGACGUAGUAGAACCGUACGUUAAGACGAUAAUCUUUCGGAGUUUCGCCCGUUUUACCGAUUAAGAGGACCGUCGAGUAUCCUACGGGGGAAACAAUCUCGAUAUCAUUUACUCGGGGGAGGGGGGAGGGGGGGCUAAAUCCAGCGACGUCGAUCGCGCUGGGACGAUAAUAGAAACGAAGUGCGUAAACGAAAAUGUUCGAAUCCGAUUAUUAUUGGUCAUAUCCCGCGUACACCAACCACGCCUAUGUCCGGUUUAGAGGACCGUGAUUUUUAACGAUACUAUAAUAUAAUAAUGUAGAGGAACAUACGGAAGAUUCACGGGGGACAAACAGGGGGAGGAUGCUUUUUUUAUAAAGAAAAAAAAACUCAGUGGAACUGUCCUUAGAGCUAGGAAGUGCGCAGAAGAUAGAGAGGGAGAGAGAGAGAAACACUCCCGAUUGGCUCAAGGGGAUGUUGAACGUAGCAGAAUUCUCCCGUUAUUAUCGCGAUCGGGACGAGAGAUGACGAGGAGGGAAGACGGGAGAGCAAAAGAAAGGGGAUAGUUACGUCGGCAUGAUACUCCAAAGAAACUGUACCACUGUACAUGCUCCGCGUAUACCUUUUAAAUAUAAGAUUAAAUUUAAUCGUACGCUGUAAGUAAUAAUUAAAAACGAAAGAAAAAACAAAAAAGUAAGAUAAUCGAAGAAUUACCACACUCACAUGUAAACACACACACACACACACACGUCAGACACAUACACACGUACAGACACACACAAAGUAAUUAUAUCGAUGAGCAAUGGACUCGAAACGUGAUAUUAGGCCGAAGUUUGCCUCGAGAUUGCUUAAGGACUCACCCGUACUGCACUGCCUGUUUAGGGUUUCGCUAGCGACCCAACAUAUUAUCGGCACAAUAAUUUUUCUUAAGCAACGUAAAAACGAGAAUAAGAAUAACGUUCUUCGAAUCUACGCGUGCUCGGCCAGUAUAGCACUCGGCGAUUGUGUGCACGCGUUCACCACGCGUGUCACCCACGUUGGCCAUCGCCCCUAUCGACACUCCCGGGAGUUUACCGGUCGUCUUUCUCGAAUUAGAAUUAGCGAGCACGCGUAUCGACGACAGGCGAGGUCGAUCGGACUCUUCAAAAAUAAAAUAUGAAAAAGGGGAAUAUAUUGAAAAUUAUUAGGGAAAAAAUAUCUUUCAACUGCCAAUGAAAAGGGGGUCCUCGGUGCGUUCGAUUCAUUUCGUACGAGAGCGUUGACGUUGAUUAAAUAAGUAAACCAGAGGCAUUUAAGUGGAGAAAGACGACCGACACGCGGCCGUCAUCGCCGGAAGGCAGGUGCACGCGCGGCACACACGCGCCAAUCAAGCCGAAGUUCGCGUGUAAUUAGAGAGACGAAGGAGUUUUAAAACACGGAAGCGCGUACACAUCAUACAUACAUACAAAAAUACAUACGUACGCAUAUACACACACACACACACACGCCAGAUACAAUUGAAUACGAACACUCACAAAUGACAGACACGCACAUUAAUACGAGAGGAGAGGCGUUCUUCGAGACCCACCUAAUUCUCACCAAACGCAUCGGAUCAUCUUGAAUCACGGUGAGAUCGGGGACUGGCGAUCACCGAUCGCGGGGGGGAGGCUCCUCGGGCGAAUCUACGGGCUAAUCAGUGUCGAGUCGCCGCGCGACCUAACGCGAGAACGUGUACCCCGUUCGAGGACGCGUGUCCCCCUUGGCGAGGGGGGGGCAGACCGGCGGCGCGCUCGUUCCUCUCUCUACCCUUUUUUUCUAAUCUCCUCUACACGUACGACCGUGAAGACACCCCCCCGCGCGGGAUCGGGCCGGCCCGCGCGACUCCCGGCGUUUUACUUUCUUUAUAGUACAAACACUUAUUUAUACAUACGUACGUAUUAUACAUAUUUAUUAUAAAUAUUAGCAAGGGCCCUACUACUCACGAUUCAACUAUACUUCGACGAACCGUAACGGCGAGGGGACGAAGAAGAAGAUGAGUAAGAAGGA